AAUUCACUGGCUCCACAAAGCAUAAAAAUUAACAUGAACCCCAUUGCAUAUUACUUUUAAUACAAUUGACUAUCAAUAGUACUGAUUAUUUAAAUUCUGUACAGAAUUCAUCAGCAGAAUGGAAUAAGCCAAACAAUAACAAAUGAUCGUCUUCCGUUAAGAGCUGAACUUAAUUUCAUGAACCACCAAGCGCAAAUUUAACAAGCUCAGUGUUGCCAACAAGUUAAAAUAUUUUGUCUUAAAUAAAAUAAUUAUUAUUCAAUUGACGCUAUAAAUUGACUUUUCUUGUAAAUAAACCACUACAGAAAUUUUGCGUUCAUUUUAUUAUAUUUUUUUACCGCAAGUCGCAAGUUAAAAUAUUUGAAUUUGUAGUGGCAUCCCGUUUCUUAUCACAUUUGGCAACCCUAUUGCUCUCCAUUUUCGUCGCGUUUCGCCUGCAGUUCUGGAAUAGAAUAGAAUCCGAUUUUUGGAAAAUAAAACACAACAAACGAAAAUGAAUCACCUAAAAUGGAUGGGCCACUCGUCCACAAUAAUGGAUAUACAGCGCGUUCUGCUACAUCAACAAAGCAACAAUCAGCAAUGCGAAGUAUUGCUUGUGGCCAAAGAUGGCAUCAGUGUACGCGCCCACCUCUUCGUUCUAAGCACUUGCAGCGACUUAAUGCGCAAUCUGCUUGUCGAUUUACCCGCCGGUCAGGAGGCGACUGUCAUUUUACCAGACAUCCGUGGUGAGCUGCUCGAGAAUGUGUUAUCGUUUAUUUACAUGGGGGAAACUAGUUUAACCUCUGCCAUGCUGCCCGAGUUUCUCGGGGCCAUUAAUUUACUGGGCAUCAAGUCUGCCAUAAGCUUUGAUACCAAUCCGACAUCCAUGACGAGCACAAAUGUUAUAAGUGGCGCUAUGGCUGUCGAGGAAGCCAAAUCAAUUAGCGGUUUGCACAUAGCGAAUACAGCUCUUAUGGAGGAGGAGGAAGAGGAAGAUGCAGGAGCAGUAGUUGGCAAAUUGGAAGUGGAUAAUACCGUACUCACUAAUCCUCAACACCAGCACGAGCAGGAAGGCCGAACGCUGGAAUUCCUGGAUGUGUACGGUGAACAGCCCAAGAUAACAUAUUCAAUCGAACACAUGGGCGGCACAACCAGCGGAAAUCAGUAUAUAUAUACAGAGAAUACGGGAACGUUUACCAUAACACAAUCAUCUGUGUCCAAGUUAGGAGUGCAAGGCAGCUCAGCUGUGGUUGAUACUGUGGAGACAGCUGAGCUAGGCGACGAGGAUGUAGAGGCAGACGUUACAGACGAGCACGAAGAAUCGGAGUCACAAUUAAUCGAGGAGGAAUAUGUUGGUUCGGCUGAUCCUUUAAUAGAGAUGAGCACAGAGGCGGAUGUUGAUAUGCACGAGGAUGCAAUGCACGAUGGAGACGAGGAGGAAGAUGAUGAGCUGUUGGAUGUGAAACCUCGCAAAUCUCAACUCGAUAUGAAAAUGUUAAAACCCAAGUCACGCCAGCGUCCAGCAUCAUCAAAGGCAACGAAGAAAGCAAUGACCAAACAGCAUCAACAACACGCAGCACUUAAAAAAGAAUGCAAAGAUGAUCUCAAUGAAGCCCUCGACCUCGCAGCGGCUGCCGUGCUACACGAAGGCCUCAGCUUGCAAAAAGCUGCUGAUCGCUACGAUAUAUCAAAAACCGUGCUUUGGCGACGUGUGCGAUCGAAUCCAGCCUAUAUGCGGAUAAAACGGGAAAAACCUUCGCUUUCGGAAGCUUAUGAACGCCUGAAGAAUGGCGAUUCGCUGAAAAGCAUAAGCCAGGAUCUCCAUAUACCCAUGUCGACGCUGCACCGCCACAAAGUGCGUCUUGCGGCACAGGGUCGCCUGCCCGACUUCGUUGCUUGCCGGCGGCGUGACAGCACCCCGAAGGAUGAGCUGCGUGAAAAGCUAGCUAAGGCAGUGCAUGCGUGCCUCAAUGAUGGAAUGACCCAAAAUCAUGCAGCCAAUCUCUUUGAAAUACCUAAGAGCACGCUAUGGCGGCACUUGCAACGGCGUGGGACCGAGGCGGAGCGUAAAGUCAAGGAGGAACAUGAAGAAGAGGAUGAUGAUAUGAAUUAAAAUUCAUAUGCCUACAUAUAUAUAUAUAUAUACAUACAUCCAUAAACAUA